AUGAGAUACCAUGGAGUUGGAGAGGACGAAGACAUUGUAGACGAUUGGAUAGUUUUCUCAAUCCUGACAUGUGUAAAAGAGUUUGAUCUCUGUUUAGUUCGAGGCGGCGAAUUCAGAGAUGUGUGGACAACUGAUCUCAACGAAGACGUUGCUAGACUCUACCUCAUACCGCAACGAAUUUUCUCUUCAAACUGUUUAACUAGUCUCAAGUUGGAGAAUGUGAGCUAUUUCAGUCGUGCAACUGGUACUCCUAUAAGCCUACCGUCAUUGAAAACCAUGUCCCUCAAGCAUGUGGAGUUCGAUGAGAAAGAUGGUGAUCACCGCGCCCUCCCCAGGUUAAUUUCGGGGUGCCCUAGCCUCGAACACUUAUCAUUAAAUCAGUGCAAUCUUGGCUUAUCCACCCUAUCGCUUAAAAUUUCAAGUUUCAGUCUCAAAUCCUUGGAAAUUAUGGAUUGCCAUUCUUUGGAUUUAGUAGUUGAGACUAUCAAUCUUGUAUCUUUUAAAUUGGUUUCAGAGUGCUCCUACCCCUACCAUUACGACUUGACUUUAAUGAAUUGCGACAAGUUGAAACAUCUCCGCAUCUCUAGUGUGGGGUUGAAAAAACUUUCAUUGCUCUCUUGCUGUUGCAGAAUGGAGAACUCAAUUUUCACUCCAAAUCUAGUUUUUGUUAUGUUUAGCGGUCGUGUGAAGGCGAAGGUUCAUUUCGUUGAAGCUCCAUCAAAUUUAUUAGAUGCUAAAAUUGGAGUUUAUUUCGAGAAACGUCAGUCGACCUUUAAUUAUUAUUCUGAUCUGAGAGAUUUUCUUGAAAGCUUCAAUUGCUCCAGGAAAGUGGAGAUAUCUAUUCGUGAUGUUGAGGUAUAUGAUUUCUUGUUCGAUUCGUUUAGUGCUCUUUAA